ACUGAUCUUCGUCAAUUGCGUCGACUCAGGGUCUUCCCUCUUUAUAACCCGUCCGAAUCCUGUUGCCUUCAUUUUCUGUCAUAUAUUCUCCUCCCACCCCGGACCUCGUGUGUUCACAUACCCAUAUAAACAAAAUCACAUAUCAACAAAAUGGGAAUCGGUGGGGUCAUCCUCCGGUUCUUCAAUCUGGGCCUGCGCAUCCUCCAGUUCCUCGAUGCGGCCGUUAUCCUCGGCAUCUUCUCAUACUACCUGGCCGUCCAAGCCCAGCAUGACCAGCACAUCGCAACAUGGAUGAAGGCCGUGGAAGGCUUAGCAGGUGCAGCAACCGCCUACGGCCUCCUGGGCAUUGUCUUCGUCUGUUGCCUGGGCGGCGUGGCAUUCUUCGCCUUCCUAGGCGUGGUCCUGGACGUGUGCUUCACGGGCGCGAUGAUCGCCAUCGCCAUCCUCACCCGCAAGGGUGUCAACAAGUGUACCGGCACAGUCGAUACGCCCCUGGGCACAGGCGAUGCCAACGCCGAGACAGCUUCCAAGUCGCUGACGUUUGGUAUGGCCUGCAAGCUGGAGAAGGUUGUGUUCGCAGUUGCGAUCAUCGGAAUUUUCCUCUUCUUGAUCUCCAUCCUGUUCCAGAUCCUCCUGGCCCGCCACCACAAGCGUGAGAAGCGUUUCGGUCCUUCGCCUAACAACGGCUACACCUACGGUAGCCGUAAGAGUUUCUGGCGCCGCAACAAGAACAGCCCUGAGGCCGUUGGCGGCGCUGAUACUCUCCCUGGCCACCCGACCCCCACCGACGUCGAGAUGGGUGCUGAGCCGGCCAAGAAUGAAAAGUCCUGGUUCGGUGGCUCGUUCGGUCGUAACAAGAACACCGCUACCACUCCCGCCCAGAGUGGUAAUGGCUAUGGCUACGGCAACUCAGCCUACACUGGUAACAUCUAGGGUUGCCGUAUAGCUUGCCGGUGUGGUUUGUUGAGGGAGAGAUGGUUAAGAGAGUCUGAC